ACUAGUGCAGAUGAGGUGGAGGACAUGGAGGUGGAGACUAGUUUACCAUCUCCACCUCCACCUCCACAUGGGUCAACCGCUCCGGUUGCACCUCCUCAGCCCCAGACGCCUCCUCAGCCCCAAACGUCUCCUCAGCCCCAAACGCCUCCUCAGCCCCAAACGUCUCCUCAGCCCCAGACGCCUCCUCAGCCCCAAACGCCUCCUCAGCCCCAAACGCCUCCUCAGCCCCAGACGCCUCCUCAGCCCCAGACGCCUCCUCAGCCCCAGCCGUCUUCAUCCUCUCAGCAAAGUAAUGAGAUGGAGCUGACAUCAAUAAUGGCCAGACUCUGUCUCACAGAAACUGAUAUUAAAGCUCAACCUUCACCUCCGGAUGGGUCAACCGCUCCGGUUGUGUCUCCGCAGACGCCUCCUCAGCCCCAGACGCCGCCUCAGCCCCAGACGCCUCCUCAGCCCCAGACGCCUCCUCAGCCCCAGCCGUCUUCAUCCUCUCAGCAAAGUAAUGAGAUGGAGCUGACAUCAAAAAUGGCCAGACUCUGUUUCACAGAAACUGAUAUUAAAGCUCAACAUUCAUCUCCUCACGGGCUGUUGGCGGAGGUCACGCCACCUCAGGCCCAACUUUCACCUCCUCAGAGACAAGUGUCUCCUCCCGCCUCUCUUCCUAAACGUCGUGCUCCUAAGCGUCCGGCUCCUUCACAGGAUGAUCCGGAUGAGAUGGAGUCGACGCCAAAGAGGCCCAGGCUGUGCAACACCGAUAUUAAAGCUCAACAUUCAUCUCCUCACGGGCUGUUGGCGGAGGUCACGCCACCUCAGGCCCAACUUUCACCUCCUCAGAGACAAGUGUAUCCUCCCGCCUCACCUCCUCAGCGUCGUGCUGUCAAGCGUCCGGCGUCUUCACAGGAUGAUCCGGAUGAGAUGGAGCCGACGCUAAAGAGAAAGAGGCUAAAUGGGCUGUCGGCUGAGGUCACGCCGCCUCCGGCCCAGACACCAUCGUCCGCUCAGCAAAAUAAAGCAGACGCUGGGGAGGUCGAGUGCUCUUCUGUGUCUCAACCUUCACCUCCUCAGAGACAAGCGCCUCCUCCCGCCUCUCGUCGGCGUCUUUGGCGUCCGGCUCCGUCUUCACAGGAUGAGAUGGAGCCGACGCGAAAGAGGGCCAAACUUAACAGGCUGUCGGCUGAGGUCACGCCGCCUCCGGCCCAGACACCAUCAUCCACUCAGCAAAAUAAAGCAGACACUGCCGUGGCCGACUGUUCUUCAGUUUCUCAACCCUUAACUAAUAACAGUCGGCCAAUCCGGCAAGUGUCUCCUCCCGCCUCUCUUACUAAACGUCGUGCUCUUAAGCGUCUGGCUCCAUGCACUUCGCAGAAAGCAUCUGAAGGCAUGGUAUCAGACGCCAAGAGACCCAGACUUGAUGGGUUACUUUAAAAAAAAAAGAAGAAGAAGAAGAAGAGACCCAACUUCACCUCCUCAAACCCCACCCCUAUGAGCAGAAAAUAAAUAAAAAUAUUUUGAUAUUAAACAGAGUAGAGUAGUGGAAAAAAACAAAAAUGAGAAAGAUUGUUUGUGACGCAUUCAUUAUGUUCAUUUAUUGUGUCAAACUUAAAUGUAAUGCGAUUAUCAGCCGCAUCAAAUGAAAAGAGGAAAAAUCAUGAUCAGGUUUUACCAACAUUUCCAUCAUCCACUAGAAAGCACUUACAGCCAAACUUACUGUAAACCUAAUAAGACAAAGAACCAAGUUAGGUUGAAAUCACUGGGAGAGAAAGUUAACUUAGUCUAAAGUUUCUCUGUUCUCCUUUAACUCCUUUAGUAACACUAAACAGACAGAUCACAGAUGAGUUCAAACCACUAACUUAAAAUCAAUUCAAGGUCUUUACAUCUUCUAACAAUCUGAUUACGAGGUUAAAAGAUCAAAAAGGUUUUCAAACGUCUCUCUACAGCUUAUGACGUAUAAUAUAUGAGAGAUUUCUGACUGCAGCAAUAACUUAUAAAAAAACACUUAUUUUUAUUAUCAUAAGCAAACAUUGAAGUUUAUUGGUUAUGGCGUGGACGACUAAUGAAAACAUAAAUAAUUUCUGAAGAGUUUGUUUUGAAUAAACACAGUAAAUAAUGUUUUAUUUUAUAUCUAAAGGUGAAAACAUCUGUAAGAGAGAUCUGUAUAUGAGCUGUUAACUGUUAAUGUUUGUAUAUAGCACAUGAUUCACAUUGUUUUCUUUAUCACACUGCAUUCAGGGAUCUUGAUGGCCACAUAAAGGAGGUGACCUAUAAAUCAGCACAACAUUUUAUUCAUCUGUUUCAAAGGUAAGUUAUUUUUAUUACAAAUGUUACUUUAUAAAGUCACUGUUUUAUUAUUAUAAGUCAUUUGAAAUGAUAAACAUCCAGUGAUGCUCUGAAUGAACUGAGAUUUAUUCAUAAAAACAUGAACACACAACACACAGUGUUUCUGCUCAUCUCAUGUUAUUUUUGAGUAUUUAUAGAGUAAUAUUUCAUCCUGAAGAGUCUUUAGUUUG